CGUUGCUAUGUAGCAGUUUCGUAUGUGCCUGACAAUAGCCGGAGACAGACAAGUUUGUAAGGAAGAAAAGAGGGUUCGGUAAGGCAGCAGUACGUAUGUCGUGUGCAUGAGUGAGCAAGAGUGGGAAUAGGACUGGAGAUUUCUGCAUCAGAACAACAAGAGGAGUAGAAGCUGCCGUAGCUGAAGAUGUCUGAUAAUGGGGAAGUCGAGGACAAGCCGCCAGCACCGCCCAUGAGGAACACCAGCACCAUGAUCGGGGCCAGCAGCAAGGACACGGGGCCCCUCAACCACGGCUCCAAGCCACUGCCCCCCAAUCCUGAAGACAAGAAGAAGAAGGAUCGCUCCAUCCGCUCCAUACUCACUGGGGGAGGGGACAAGACUAACAAGAAGAAGGAGCGGCCCGAGAUCUCGUUGCCGUCUGACUUUGAGCACACCAUCCACGUGGGCUUCGAUGCCGUCACCGGGGAGUUCACUGGCAUGCCGGAGCAGUGGGCGCGGCUCCUCCAGACCUCCAACAUCACCAAGCUGGAACAGAAGAAGAACCCGCAGGCUGUGCUGGACGUCCUGAAGUUCUACGACUCCAAAGAGACCUCCAACAGCCAGAAGUACAUGAGCUUCACAGAUAAAACCUCAGACAGCUACAGCUCUUCAAAUACUUCAAACUCGAAGGCCGUGUCCGAGACCCCCGCCGUGGCAACCGUGUCCGAGGACGACGACGAGGACGAGGCCACCCCGCCACCUGUGAUUGCCCCCAGACCCGAGCACACCAAGUCGAUAUACACUCGCUCAGUGAUCGAGCCCCUCCCGGCACCUCCCCCCACCAAAGAUGCUGCCACGUCGCCCAUCUCGCCCCCAGCAGAGGGCAGCAGCCCCACCCCCUCUGCGACCCUACCGCGCGCCGCGGACAAGACCAGGAAGAAGACCAAGAUGUCUGACGAGGAGAUCCUGGAGAAGCUACGGAGCAUCGUCAGCGUGGGCGACCCCAAGAAGAAGUACACGCGGUUCGAGAAGAUCGGCCAGGGGGCAUCUGGAACGGUGUACACGGCCAUAGACAUCGCUACUGGGCAGGAGGUCGCCAUCAAACAGAUGAACCUUCAGCAGCAGCCCAAGAAGGAGCUGAUCAUCAACGAGAUCCUGGUGAUGAGGGAAAACAAGAACCCCAACAUUGUCAAUUAUUUAGACAGUUACCUGGUUGGGGAUGAGCUGUGGGUGGUGAUGGAGUACCUGGCUGGUGGCUCUUUGACAGAUGUGGUGACAGAGACCUGCAUGGAUGAAGCACAGAUUGCUGCCGUGUGCCGUGAAUGUCUACAAGCACUGGAGUUCCUGCAUUCAAACCAAGUGAUACAUCGAGACAUUAAGAGUGACAAUAUCCUUUUGGGCAUGGAUGGUUCCGUCAAGCUCACUGAUUUCGGGUUCUGCGCCCAGAUAACCCCCGAACAGAGCAAACGCAGCACCAUGGUCGGGACGCCUUACUGGAUGGCCCCAGAGGUCGUGACACGUAAAGCCUAUGGCCCCAAAGUAGACAUCUGGUCCCUGGGCAUCAUGGCCAUCGAGAUGAUCGAAGGGGAGCCACCCUACCUCAACGAGAACCCGCUGAGGGCACUGUACCUCAUAGCAACCAACGGAACUCCGGAACUCCAGAACCCAGAGAAGCUGUCUACAAUAUUCCGAGACUUCCUGAACCGCUGUCUGGAGAUGGACGUGGAGAAGAGGGGCUCAGCCAAGGAGCUGCUGCAGCACCAGUUCCUGAAAGUGGCCAAGCCCCUGUCGAGCCUCACCCCCCUCAUCCUGGCAGCCAAAGAGGCAGCCAAGAACAACCGCUAGCCCCACCUCCCGUCCGUCUGCCCCCCCUCCCCUAAGGACCCACGGGGGUCUGUGUGCCUCCCCCCCCACUUCCCACUCUCUGGGUCUUUCAUUCCUGUGGCAGGAUUGGGGACGUCACUUCAGAGGUUUCAAACGUGGACAAUGAAAAAUGAACAAACUGCCGACUUCUCCACCUCCCCCUGAAGACCCGUCCAGUGAAGAGCUUCUGUACAAUUCAAACACUGAAGGAGUUCUCCUCAGUUGUAAUUUCGUUUGUUUGUCAUUUUAUUUUUUUCCUGUAGUAAAAGUGCGUUUUUGAUGAUCUUUUUAAGGUGUUUUUUUGUGUGGGGAGGGGGGUGGGUUUGAAUGUAGCCUAGUUUAUCUUAAUAAAUUAAGUCUGGUUCUGUUGAACUUCAGCCUGAGCUUUGAAGAAGACAAGUGAUUUUUUUUCUUUCCAGUGAUGUUGGGAUUGUAUGGGAAAUGGUACGCAUGUCAACGAUUUAAUUAAAAAAAUAUGUCUGUAAUGAUAAUUAAAAUGAAAACAUAAUAAUAAUACACAUCAAUGCUUGGACAAAGUGUGAUGGAGUACAAAUUUAGUCAUGUGGUACAAUGGUACAGUGUUAUUACAAUGGUACAAUGUUAGUUUCAGGUGAAGAACCUUAACUGUUUCUCCUGUUUCUUGUGGAAAGAACUGCAGAUGUGUAGGGAAAGUUGAAUAAUUCAUGAGAGUGUCUAUGGCAAGGUGUUUGUCAUAUCAAGUUUGAAUUGAAAAUGAUAAUUGUGAAAGCCUACAAGAUGUGACCAACCUUGUAGAAGCAGAUUUUUUUAUGUAGCAUAAAUGUACCUCUUGGCCUUAAACCAUCUCGCAGGUAUUAGACUGUAUCUGGAGGGCAUGACGUCCUCAUAUUUGCCCCUGAGGAUUCGCCCAGGCCUCUGGGCAAUACUAACAUGGCGGAUGCAAUUGUUAUAAGAGCCUUUCAUAUUUGAGCCAUAAAUGAGAAUAAAAGUAAAUCUGAAAUUCUUACUGAAAUGGUACAAUGAUUAAUCGCAGGAGAAACUUACCGGCUGGGGAAAUCGAUCAAAUGCACUGUCCCUCACGUAUUCUCUGAGGCGUGGCUUAUCUUGUCAGAGCUCAACCCUUAUUAGAUCCAGAAAGAAGUAUCACCCACAUGCUAGCAGGCCAUAUUUAUGGUGCACUGUAGGGAGAGAGCUGCACCUUACUGUAACAGUGGCUCAUUUUCAAUUGUGUGAUGAAUAUUUUUGAUCUUAUUUUAAUACAAGUUUUUGUAUAGUUGUUUAAAUAUGAGUGUGUGUGUGUGCGUGUGUGUGUGUGUGUGCAGGAAAGAGAUUGGGGACGUAGAGUGAGAAUGUGGAAAAAGAGGAAGAGUACAAUUUUAUCCAAGCUUCUUGGCAGUUUCCAGUUGGACAGUAUUGUCCAUGUACUGUAUCUGAUUUUGUAUCCAUCAUAUAAAAGUGAUGAAACUCCUAUUCAUAGUUAACUUAAAAUGGAAGUUUGGAUUUAGUGCAAAAUCAGUCUCAGUUAAAAUAUUUUCUCUCUUUUUAAUAAUUUUCUAAUGGGCUUAAUAUCACAGUGAAACUUUCCCGAAACUAUCCAGUUCAGAAAUAUUCAGUUUGGGCAGCUGAAAAACAUUUAAUCCUCAAUCAACUUCAAGCACUUUGUCACAGCAGUGUUACUGACACCCAAGAGAAUCUCACAGGCCACAAGCUUAGUAAAAAGCUUUCCAUUCCCAACUGCUGUAAAAGGCAAACAAUUCCCCCUUCCACCCCCCCCCCCCCCCCUUGAGAAAACAUUCAAAAAGUGCUUGAUAGAUUGACAAGCUGCAAGAAACAAAAUCUUUUUUGUUGUCUGAAAGGUGUAAAGAAAGAGGCUUCCUGUUGUGUUCUUUCCCUUGUGACUUGAUGUACAGACUCUAAACCUGGAGAAUUACUGCUGAAUGCUUGAAGGAAAUAAACUCCUGUUCCAGCUGUAACACA